CAAAUAAACCUAUCUCAUCAUCUCCUACCAAUUCCUUUCUAGUUUUCCUCCAUAACUCCCACAAAUGGAAAUGCUUCCCCAACCCAUUUUUUCAUCCACUUUUGUGUGCAUCAUCAUCAUCUUCUCCAUCUUGCUCCUUCUCCCACCGUCAUACAGCGAUCCCUUGGAUGAGUUCAUAAAGUGUAACCUUUCUGCUUCCUUCGAGUGCGGCAGCCAUGGAACCUUUUACUAUCCUUUUUGGAACGAUAAUACUCCGGAGCGUUGUCGUCCGCUUGGAUUCCACUUGAAAGACUGCGAAGAAUCGGUUCCCACCAUAGACUUUGGCCUAAAUGGUUCAUUCCAACUGCAGCACAGAAACCCAUCAAAUUGCAGCAAAUUAACGAUUGCUCCAGUGAAUUUAGAGGCAUUUAUUUGUCCCGUGACAACACAACACAGAACUCUGCUGCCUCCUUUCUUCAAAUUCUCUGAAACCAACAAAAACCUCACUCUGUUCUAUAACUGUAAUCCACCUGAUGGGCUAUCGCUACUGCCGGGUAAUACGAGUGCUGGUUGCGGCCCCAACAAACCCUUCUUCGUGCCUUAUUGGGAGGAAAUUGAGAUGGGUCAUCGUUACAAGUGCAGCAAUGUGAGCGUUGCGGUUAAUCAGACGGUUUUCAACAAAGUCCAGGAGAGGGAACUGACAUUGGUUGAUGCUUUGAGACCGUUUUGGUUUGAUGUGGAGUACAACAGUAGUGCGGUUUUCUGUAAUCAA